GGGCGCUUCACUAGACUCGCGGUUCCUGAAGCAGGUUAGCGCUUAAUGGGCUUGGAAAACAAGUAAUGGAUGAUGAUGAUAUAAGACUUGAAGAAGAAAUAGAAAUUGAAUUAAGCAGAAUCAGCAUUUCUUCUCUUGAAGCUGAUGAUCCUGACACAGAGUUAUCAGCUGAAGCUUCAAGCGACAGUGAACCUAUUUCAGAUGACCUGCCAGAAUCGGUCCUCCAUUAUUUAAAUUUUGUGAGAAAUAGAAGUCAGAAUGCAGAAAGACUCUUGCAAGACUUGGAGAAUGAUGACAUGUUAAGCGAUAUCUACAGUGUAGUCCCUAACAGCACUUCAAACUGCUUGGCUGAGUUGGCUUCUGAAUAUAAUGAAGAUCCAGACGAAUUAAAGAAGAGGGUACUCUCAGAAAUAGAAGAUGAGGAAUUACAAAUUAGUACGGAGAUAGAGAAUGCAGUUGAACUCAGCAAUGAUGGAAGCAUUCUGUCCAAUGAAAUUGUUGAUUCUUGUUCAUUGAUAGAUGGCAGUGACAUGGCCAUUAGCUUUACUUUCCAAGAAGUUGAGGCAAGGUGCAAGCAAGAAUAUGAGCUUCGGCUGGAAAAGCAAAAAGAAGUUGAUGAUGACAAAAUGAAGAAGCUGAAAGAGGAGAGAGAGAUGGAAGAAAUGGAAAAGAAGAUUGAAAUAAACAAGAGACAGAGACGGCAAGAGGAACUGGAAGCAGAACGAAUGAAAUUAGAAAUGUUGCAUGUGCAACAUCAAACUAUUUUGGAUGAUGCACUGAAGAAAGAGGAGGAGGUUUGGGAAGAAAAAUUGAUACAGCACAAGAAAUUGAUUCAAAACUUACACAUGCAAAUAGAAAAGGAACUAAUGGCCUUUGAAGAACAGAAAGCAAAGGAAAAACAACAGAUGCUAGAACGGCAGAAUAAGGCAGCUCAAAAAAUCCAAGCUUCCUUUCGAGCAUUCCGAGUAUAUAGAAGUUAUGCCCCUGUCUUGAAAGCAUGGAGAGCAGAACUGAAAAAGCAAAAAGACCAGCAGGAAACAAUAGAAAGGGAACAGAGAGAAAAGGAAGAAAGAAUGAGGAGAAGGGCUCUAGAGAAAAAGCAGGAGGAGAGAAAAAGUCGAGAAGAAAAAGAAAGGGAAGAACUUGCGGAAAGGGAGAAAAGGCAUGAAGAAUAUGAAAAUAAGAAAGAAUUUGUGAGAAUUCAGAGAAGAGAAAAAGUAAUGUUGCUAGAACAUGCAAAGAGAGAAAGGUGCAGUCUAAAAUGUUUAACUGAAUGGGAAGUGGAACCUGAAAAUACAGCUAAAGCCAUAAAAAUGGUACAGGAAGAGCAAGAAAUAGAAAAAGUAAAAGAGGACAGUGAAGCUGAAGAAAUGCCAAGGAGAACUGGGACUGAAAAUACAGAUCAAAAUAUGGCACUAGCACAAAAGGAGAAAGAAAUAGAAGAGGAAGAGGAAACUUUGAAAGCGGAAACUGGAAUGGCAGCCACAAAUACAGGGACUGAAAAUACAGGUCAAAAUAUGAAACUAGUGCAAAAGGAGAAAGAAAUAGAAGAGGAAGAGAAAACUUUGAAAAUGGAAACUGGGGUGGCAGCCACAAAUAAAGGGGAAGAUUUGGAAAUAGCAAAGAAGAAAGGAAAAAUUGAAAAGGCGAAUAAACAAGAGAAAGACACAGCAGAAAAAUUAAAACAAUUUUACAAAACAAAUUUUGCAAAAGCAACAGAUUUCCCGACACAGGAAAUUAAAUUAAAGGAAGAAAAACCAGACACUAAAAUCUGCUUAUGGCAUGAUAAUUCAGAAGAAAAACAAACAUCUGGAAAGACAGAGUUUCUUAAUGAGAGAAAUAACAACAACAUAGUAGAGAAUGGGAUGCUUUAUGCAGAAGACUGUGGUUCAGCUACUGCAGACUAUCAGAAGAGUAGUGACACAAGAACUCUUGAUAUCAAAACUGUUGUUCCUGCAGAGAUUGUAGAAGUUGUUCAGGAGAGUGGAGCACGCAGCACUCACAUUAGCAUGAAUGUUCAGUUAGGUUCUGGAAACACUGGACAAACAGAGAAAUCAUACGCGUCAGAAAACAUUAGUAGAGAACUUGCAAAAAAAGAAGUUCAGAGUGAAGUGGAUGAUCUUUGGGUCAAAGGUGAAAUAUCAGUUGAACCUUUUGAGAAAUCAAACCUACUUUCUGAUUCGGUUGAAGAGAAGAGAUUAAUGUGGAUGAAAACAUGCAAAUCCUGGUCUAGAAUUUAUAGUGAGCACAAGAAAAAGAAAGUAAUUGAAAGAAGCAAGCCACGGAAAUGUUCAGCCAGUUCAAUGCCCCCUCUGAGCACCGCCAUGAUCAUCCAGGAUGGCCGUUGGAACACUCUAGAACAGGUUACCACGGUUACAUUUCAAGAUUUGCCUGGCUGCAGCCUUUCCACUUUGUCACAAUGUGCCAGACUUCAAUUCUUGAGUCUCAGGCGUUGUGGAUUAAUUGCUUUGGAAGGACUUAGCAAUUGUAAAGAUCUGAAGUAUAUAGAUGUAGAGGAAAACAAUAUUCAAACUAUCAAUUGUGACAAUCUAGAAAAUCUCUGCAUUCUAAUUCUGAACAAAAACCGAAUUUCGUCAAUUCAUGGUUUAUAUGGCUGCAGUAAUCUUUGGAAUCUUGAAUUUUCCUACAAUAAAAUCACUCGAAUUGGUGGUUUAGAGUCAUUGAAAAAUCUCCAGCGACUGGUUGUAAAUCACAAUCAGUUGAUCAGCACCAAAGGACUGUCUGAUUCUCCGACUCUUAUAUAUAUAGAUUGCUCCUUUAAUCAUUUAACCCACAUUGAAGGCAUUGAAAACUGUGGUCUUCUACAGAUUCUGAAGUUACAGGGGAACAAUCUCAGUGAGUUCCCCAGCUUGGAAAAUCAUGUUUUGUUAAGAGAAUUAUACUUGGAGGACAACAGCAUCUCAGCCUUCGAAAAAUUUUCUAAUUGUUGGCUGCCUUUGCUUCAGACACUUUCCUUCUCACAAAACAGCUUAACACACCUUGCACCUCUUUUUUCUUAUCUGUCAUUGGAAAAGCUAGAUGUGAGCAACAACUGCUUGUUACACCUUAAGAGUGUGGUUCAAUGUCUUACUGGUUGUCAUAAUCUACGAGAAUUGUCUCUGGGUGGAAAUCCGCUUCUUCAAGAAGAGGCCUGGAGGAAUUCCUUACUUAAAAUGCUGCCCAGUCUGAAAAUACUUAAUGGUGAAAACAUAAGUUCCAUUGCAGACGUCUCAGGUGAAGUAAUGAAAAAAAAGCCAGAUCCAGGAAGUUUUAUAGCACUUUGUCAAACUCAGAUUAAGGAAAUUAAUUCAGUCAGCAAAAAAGCCACAAAGUUAACGGGUGAAUUCAGUGUGGAUGCUGUGCAGCGCCAGUGUUGGUAUUUUAAGAAGCUGAUGAAACUCAGUAGUGAACAUCGUUAUGCGCAUGAGUUUGGUGUUGUGAAUGCUUCUGAAGGAGAGGAACCAGAAAAGCUGACAAAUAAUUUGAACCAAGAAACCAUUAACAUCACUGAGGAAAAGAACUUCUUUAUCACUGGUGCAAAAGAAAAUAAGCAGAACUUGUUGAAUACGCCUGAAAGAUCGAUUGCUUCUGGCAACACUCAGCCCAUGUCUGUUAACUCCUUCACUACAGUCUUUGGAAUAGGAAGUAAUCAAGAAUGUAGGCAAGAGAAGAACUGUAUUCCUUAUUCCCUUAACCAUAGCGAGGAAAGCAAAGAUAAUAUGGCAUUAAUCAGUCCGAAGAGAGACAAGUUUAGCAAGCAGAUCGUGGCAAGUAAUGGAGGAAAUUAUCUUCAACAUUUUGACAGUUCUCAAAACCUGGCAGCUACAAUUAUCCAGUCAUACUGGCGAGGCUACAAGGUUCGGAAAGAGAUCGAUUUCUAUAUGAGGCUACAUAUGGCAGCAACUGUAAUCCAGUCUUUUUGGAGAAGCUACUGUAUCAGAAAAAAGAUUGUCAGUUGCAAAACAGGUCAUCAUUUCAUGGACAAGCAUAAAGCUGCUACUGUACUCCAGGCACUUUGGAGAGGUUUCCACCUGCGAAAGAAACUGGCUAGUGCCCUGGCAGCUGUUAAAACUGAUGAACUUGAGGAUGACUAUCAAGAAGUAAAUAUGGAUGACUUUAUGUUUGAUGAUGCUGUCAUACAGAAAGAAUGGCCAACUUUGGAUUCCACCCGCUUCCUUUCACAAACAUUGUUAUUCACAGACCAGUUGCCCUCGCCAAAGAAGUAUAAUGAACCUGUUCAACAGGAAGACAAAUCAGACCAUUUGAUGUGGCCAGCACAGAAAACCUGGCAGUUUAGGGAAAGACCAAAUUCAUUCUUGUCAGAAAACAGCCAAAUUAGUACCAGGUCAGAAAAGAACACUGUGUCACAAUUCUCCAACUUGAAACCUUCACCAAAAUCAUUGCUAAAACCAGAAAAAGAGGAACAAAUUUCAGCAGAGUGGGGAUUUAAAGACCUUGCUACUGCACAGCUCAUGCUAAAGAGAGCACAUAAAAUGAAAGCAAAGAAAUCUAGCAGUAAAAAACUUGACCCAGCUGUGCGCCUGGCGUUGUUCAAAAACAAUGAAAAUAAACAUCCCCCUGUGAAACCACCAAAGAAGGCACAGACAGGAAAAAUGAGCUACUUUGAAGGUGUGGAAGAAGACUUCACUCACACAGAUAAAUCUGUAGAGAAGAUGGAAAGGAACAAGGAACGUACAUACCAAUGGCUUCAUACACAGGUUUGGGAUUAUGAAGGACCUAAUUCCAGAAAUGAAAAAUGCAAGCAUUUCUUGCCUGAGAUAGACCCUGAAAUUCUCAAGGGAGGAAGAGUUCAGCUUGUGACAAGCCCUGUAAGGAGAGUAGACACGGAUUUAGAGCUUGUUUCCGUGACCAGUGGAAGCACUUUGACUCAGAACAGAGAAAAAAAUAAUCAGCCACACAGGCACUCUACGGGAUUUCCAAAAAAGGAUGCACCUGCACCUGAGCGCUCACAGUUGGGCCCCUCACGUAAAGAGCGGAUAUCAUUUCGAGACCAUCCGGUUCAGCUCAGCGGUGGAUGGGGAAGUGGCAAAAAGAAAGCAAAACCUUUGAAAUAGUAGUUGGACUGUCAAGCAUUUAAAACAUAUGGGGAGCUGUUUCUUUUCAAAAGAUCUGUAAAUUCCUCCUACUUUAGGAUUUUGUUUUUAAAUCAGAUGCAAAAUGCUGAGAGCUGUGUAUGUCGUGUUUUCGUUUUCUGUAUGUGAUUUCCAAAGUUUCCUUUUUUAUGAACAUGUUUUGUAAAUAUGAGACAAAUAAUACUUGUGUUUGAUUUUUUUUCCUUUGGAACAUAGUUCGGUUCAGAAAUAUUUCUUGAAUUAUUAUAAAGUGAUUUGAGUAAUCUGAUGAAUGAAUUUGUAUGUAAACAUGCAAUAAGAGCACGUGAUUCCCUAGUUGUCUGCAAUUGUGAAAUGUGUGUAUAUGUCACACUGGCCUGAUCUGAAUACAUCACUUAGCUUCAUUUGUGGAUUGCAGAAUGAACCUGUUAAAAAGCAGACUGUGAAAUGUUCAUUUUAUUAAUGAUAUAAAUGUGUUAUGUAAAAAAGAUUUGAUUCUGCUUAAUAGUUGUGUAUUCUUUAUGAACAUAUAUAUUAAAAUUCAGUUGUGUUACAUUAAGAUUUGUUUCAUAAUACUGAAUUAUGUUGUAAUUUACUUUGUGGUACUCUGACAGACUUCUGUCUAACCCCCCCCCCCCACCACCAUAUUAAAGCAUAAAUGUGAAUCACA